AUGAAAGGCUGCCGACGGCUGAAAGCGCAUUUUUUGGAUGCUUACGAUUGGGAAGACGACAAAGACAUCGUGGAGAGCAAAAAUCUACAAACAGCUUUGUCGUUCCGUGAAGAAGACAAAGUGGUCAAGCAAAGCGGUAAAGGGAAGAAAAAAGCUAUGGAAGGUGCUGGCUUCUCGAAUAGCACAAAUCCUGUUUGCAUCAAAACGCAUGCCAUGCAGUGGAUUUAG